CCUCAAUCGCUUGCUUUUGCUUCGACAGUGAGCAAGUCUUCCAUUAUCGAAGUCGUUCGUGGUGGUAUGUCGUCGUCCAUAGCGCGUUCACCACCACCAUUGCCUAAGCCGUCCUCGUUCUCAAUGGUGUGCUCGAAGCCGCUCAAGCGGAAGCGUUCCUGUGGCGAUGUCACCGACUGUGACCACCGCCCAAUGACCAAAAAGGGCUUGACGGCCCACAUGCACGCGAGUCUGGCGUUGCUGCAGCACCUUCCCGCACUAAACGUCCAUCGGAGUUCACGACUAGCCCGUCGCGGCGCCGUAGAUGUUGGCGAUUGCAUGAUCCAUGCAUUGGGUUCUGUCCUCCAGUCCACAGCUCAGCUGUCCACGACGAAUGUCACUACACAAGAAGCCACCACCACAACCUCAGUUGCUCCAUGUUUGCCGAAAGAAGACAGCAUCAGACAGCCGCAUCCGGUCUCGUUCUCCACUUAGUCGUAGCGCAGCCCAUACACUAUAACAUUUACAGUUUCAACCCCACAAACUGACCUA